UUUUUUUUUUUUUUUUCCCAACGCAGGGGCCGGGUGACGCCCCUCCCCUGCCUCUCCAGCAUCAGCACCUCCAAACCGAACAGGGCGACCCGCGGCUGGAGGAGGAUGCUCUCCGCUCCGUGAUGCUCGCAGGCUCCGGGAGACACGGCAAUGGGGCGACCGACCGAGGGACGCCGGGGCGCACUCAAUGUUUUCGGCACGUUUAUGCUGCCUCGCUGCCUCCAUUCAUGAUGCACCAUUCAUGCAUCCCCAAGAAUGGAAGCACACGGCGAGGAAAACAUUAAAACCGCCAGUUAUAGCCCCGCUGCCUCGCCUUGACAGGACACACCGUAAGCUCAUUGGACGAGGCGUCUUUUCAUGUAGGUCAAAGUGAUGGAGGGACCGAUUUUGUGUUUUGAGGGCGCCGCGCGAAUGUAGGGCUGAUACGGGAAAGCCGAGGCAGACAAAAGGCAUCCAGCCCCCCUCCUCUGUUGCACCUGGCUGCCCUGUCGCCGCUUGACAUGACAGCGCAGAGCCCGGAGCAGAGCAGCAGGAUCAGGGGGCACCGACAUGCAGCCGGACGUGUAGACGCGACACGGAGCAGUGGAGCCUCCGGAAGCGCGGCGGAGCAGCAGCAGCCCAGGGGAGGCCGGAUUGUAGAAAGUGGGGACGAGCGCCAAGGGCAGUGCGGCAGUCAGCAGGCAGACCGGGGGGAGGAGGCUGCGGAGAUCUGUGAUACUUCCCCCCCCCUUGUCCCCACUGCGCUCUCACUUCCAUACACCAUCACACCCUGAAAAUAUGAUGGUGAACGCGUUUAUGUUUGCUCAAUGGUGACUGUGAUACUCCCCAUUCUCCUCUCUCCCUCUUUCCCCUUUCCUCCAACUAUCAGUGAUGAUGGGCAAUUGAAAGAUUAGAUCUGCUCUUCAGGCAAGGGUGGAACCUGGAGGGGACUGAUGUGCAUACUGGCCAGGUACCAUUUGCUCCCUUCUUCUCUGGUUUUGCUCAUUUUGCUUGUCGCCUGCACUAUGGGCUGUAUUCAGAGCAUUGCAUGCAAGCCCCGCAUCAGACGGGAGAACAUUGUGGUGUACGAGGUGUCAGCCUCUAUUGACCAGUGUCCCACCAUCAUUGAGGAGAACUCACCGAUCGUGCUCCGUUACAAGACGCCUUACUUCAGGGCCUCAGCGGGAGUUGUGAUGCCACCAGUGCCCCGUAAUGAAACCUGGGUUGUGGGCUGGAUCCAAGCCUGCACCCAGAUGGAGUUCUACAACACCUAUGGUGAUAUUGGAAUGUCCAGCUGGGAGUUACCAGAGCUGCGAGAGGGUCGGGUCAAGGCCAUCAGUGACUCAGAUGGCGUCAGCUACCCCUGGUACGGCAACACCACCGAGACGGUCACUCUCACCGGCCCCACGUCCAAACCGUCCCGCCUGACUGUCGGCAUGAACGACAACUUCUACCCGAGCGUGACCUGGGCAGUCCCCAUCAGCAACAGCAACACGCCCAUGCUGACCCAUAUCACCAGGGACCAGAGCUUCAUCACAUGGCUGGUGGCCAUGAACUCUGUCACUAAGGAGCGGAUCGUGUUGCAGACGGUGCGGUGGCGGAUGCGGGUGGACAUAGCUGUGGAUCCAGACAUGCCUCUGGGCUCUCGGGCUUCAUUGAUGGGUCGUUCCUAUCAGGAGCAACCGCACAUCCUCAACUACCAGGAGCCCAUUCCUCCCAAUGCGUUGGGGAGGCCAAACGCCAAUGAUGCCCAAGUGCUUAUGUGGAGGCCACGGAGAGGGGCCCCACUAGUAGUCAUACCGCCAAAAUAAGAGGGUCAAGAGGCUACACGGGCAAAAGUCGAAUUGUUCCCUUUUGCAGAAAAGGGGUGAUGAAGUUGAUUGAAAUCUUUCAAAGAAGAACUUAUGGUUUCCCUGUGCUCAAGGCGCCAGUGGAUCAAGAGAUUUAAGUGGACCGUUAAAACAAGCCAGAGCGGAUAUAACAUGUUGGGCCUGACACAGAAUGGCAUCAGGAAAAAAAAGUCUACAAUGAAAUAGUGUCAUGGGCCCAGAGUUGCAUCAAGGCUUGUUUGGCCACUGACAAGUUUUGGACUACGCUGAAAAGUUAUGUCUGCCUUUCAGUGUAGAAGGAACACUGUUUUUAGACGUACCACAGAGGUAUUAGUCCACAACCAGAACUGCAUCCUGCAUCCUUAUGUAGAUUUUAUUGCAUGAGAGAUUGAGAGACAUGAUAACUGUCCUUGAGAAGUUUAAGAAUAGCAUUUGUUUUUGAUUUUUUAUAUAACUUGAUACAUGAAGACAUUUUGAUUGAAAAGUCAGCCAAUAAACCCUUCAACGGGUUAAACCUUGUUAGCGCCAAUCAAGGCCUUCAGAACACUCAUUACCAGAGUUAUAGGAUGUAUUCAGAACAUUUAAGAGACAAAAGUAUUAUAUUAUUAUAUAUGGAACUUUUUAGGUUAAGAUUAAAGUCAUAAAUCAAUCAGAUUGUAUUAGGUGCACCCACUUGGCAUAAAAGUCUGGAAGAAAGACAAAUCUGCUGUAGUUGCCACUUGAGUUUUGCUAAUACACCAAACUUAUGCACAGACACAUUUUCAAGCCUCUGUAGUGCAGCUGAUAUCGUAUUCAGAUGGGUGACAAACCAUCAGAGAGAUGAGCUGGACCUGUUGCCACAUCAAAUAAACAAUGUCAGCUAUGCUUUCAGUAAGUGUGUGUAAAUGACUUGGAAUAGUGCCAUAUACAGCAAAUUCAAAACAAGAGGGUGAUUGCAGUCACGGCACACAUCAUAUAUCAUAGCUGGGAUGAUCUCAGUACAAGGGUAGGUUUGAUGUGGUGAUCAGGUCAUGUUGCACUACAAAGUAACAUGAAUCUUCCUACAAUCAGGGAAUCUAAAUGUACUCCUAAGUUAAUAGUUUCCUUGAUGUGGAAUUAAACAUGACUGAAUUUA